GUCAGCAACUCGGUCAUCCGUUGCAGUCAGCUCGCCAUGGUCGCCACUCGCCUCUUCUUCGCCUCGCUCCUCGCGAUCGUCUCUGCCAAGCCCUUUGAGAACUUCGUGGUGCACGAGCAGCGCGAUGCCGUCCCCUCCGGCUUCAAGGUCAAGGCCCCUGCCAGCCGCGAGACUAUGCUCAACCUCCGCCUUGCGCUCACCGAGAGCAACUCGGCCGGUCUGAUCAAGGCCCUGUACGACGUCAGCACCCCGUCCAGCAAGAACUACGGUCAACAUCUCGCCAAGGAGGAUGUUGAGGAGUUUGUCGCUCCCAAGCAGGAGUCCGUGGAAGCUGUCACCGCCUGGCUCAAGGAGAACAACAUCUCUGCGAAGACCCUCUCCCCCGCCGGUGACUGGCUCGGCUUUUCCGUCUCCGUCGAGGAUGCCAGCAAGCUCUUCGACGCGGACUUCUCGGUCUACACUCAUGAGGGUUCCGGCAAGGACAUCGUCCGCACCCUCUCGUACUCCAUCCCCGCGAGCCUGAAGGAGCACAUUGACUUCGUGCACCCCAUGACGACGUUCUCCGCCGUGAACGGCAUCAAGCCCAAGGUCUCCGCCUCGGCACCGAAGAUCGCCUCCAACAUCACCGAGGACAUCUCCUCCGCCUGCGCUAACCGUGUCACCCCGACCUGCUUGCGCUCGCUGUACGGCAUCCCCAAGAAAGCCGCUUCCGAGAGCUCCAACAAGCUCGCCGUCUCCGGUUUCAUCGAGCAGUACGCCAACAAGGCCGACUUGAAGACCUUCCUCGGCAAGUACAGGACCGACAUGUCUUCCUCCACCACCUUCACCCUCAAGAAACUUGACGGUGGCAGCAACCCCCAGAGCGGAUCGGAGGCCGGCGUUGAGGCCAACCUCGACAUCCAGUACACCGUCGGCGUCGCUACCGGCGUGCCCACCAUCUUCAUCUCCGUCGGCGACGACUACCAGGACGGCGAUCUCGAGGGCUUCCUCGACAUUGUCAACUACCUCCUUGACGAGGACACUCCUCCCCAGGUCCUGACCACCUCCUACGGCGAGAACGAGAGCGACAUGUCCCGGUCCCUGGCCAACAAGCUCUGCAAUGCUUACGCUCAGCUUGGUGCUCGUGGCACUUCCAUCCUCUUCGCCUCCGGUGACGGUGGUGUCAGCGGUUCCCAGAGCUCGUCCUGCUCCAAGUUCGUCCCGACCUUCCCCUCGGGCUGCCCGUACUUGACCUCCGUCGGCGCCACCACCGGCAUCAGCCCCGAGACCGCUGCCGACUUCAGCUCCGGCGGCUUCUCCAACUACUUCGACAUCCCCGACUACCAGUCCGACGUCCACGCCGCCUACCUCAAGAAGCUCGGCUCGACCAACUCCGGCAAGUACAACGCGACCGGCCGCGGCUUCCCCGACGUCGCCGCGCAGGGUGUCAGCGUCGAGGUCGUCGUCGACGGCUCGACCGAGCCCGUCGACGGUACCUCCUGCGCCUCGCCCAUCUUCGCCUCCGUCAUCUCGCUCCUCAACGACCAGCUCAUCGCCGCCGGCAAGAGCCCGCUCGGCUUCCUCAACCCGUGGCUGUACGAGAACUCGGACGCGCUCAACGACAUCACCUCCGGCGACAACCCGGGAUGCAACACCAACGGCUUCCCCGCCAAGGCCGGCUGGGACCCCGUCACCGGCCUCGGUACUCCUGACUUCGACAAGCUCAAGACUGCUGCUGGCUUGUGAUAGAUCUAGAGUUCGCUCGCUCGUCUCUCCGCUCAUGACGCACUGGCACGCAUACCCCUGUUGUAUCAACUAGCAUAGCAUUUAUCGGAU